AUAUCUCCUCUUCGUCUUCUCCCAAUAUAUGUGCCGGGCAGUAGGGGAAGAAGAAGAAGAAGAAGAAGAAGAAGAAGCAGUCUUCCCCGCCCCUCUGCAAAUUUUAAGCUCGCAGCGAUAUGAAGCUUAUUGGGCCCUUCUCUCUUUUCGCCUGGUCCAUUGGGCUCGCUUUCAUAUGCUCCCUCCUCUACGCCUCUUCUACCUCGAGUGACCCUUUGACAUGGCAAGGCCAUGGCAUGGCUGCCACAACUAAGAACAGAACGCCGAAGGAUAAUAAUGGCCAGUAUGGCCACUACGAUCCAAGCUUUGAGGAAGAAGAUGAGGUUGCACGAAAGGUUGUGAAUUUGGAAGACUACCAACCGAUCGAUCCGGUCCCAAGCUCAAAAGCCUCUGUAAGACCAGGCCCUAUAAAGCAUGACACUCCUUACUUGCCUUUCAUUCCUAAACCCCCUGCCCCUCCUCCGAAGAUGGCAUUCCCUUAAUGUGCCCCACAAACCGAUGCCAUAUCCAUAUGUUGCAGCCUUGCUUCUCUAUAUUAUCGCAAUAUUUCGGAGUUAUAAUAAUCUGGUAGCUAGUGAUGUGAUUAUAUUAUGUGAAGUUUCGUACUUUUACUAAGUUCAUGCACCAUUUAAUCUCUGUGUAAUAUUUUCUCCGGCUUGGAAUUCAUUUCUGCAAUGUAAGUUUGUGAAGGAAUGGCUGUGUUUGUUUGGUACACCAUUUGUUGCUGCAUUAUGAAUAAAAGUUUGAUGUUUUC